CUGAAGAAGAAGAACAAGUCGCUCCUGCUGGCAGGAACAUCGGCACUUUGUGCUGCUGCUGCUGCGGACUCUGCGGACACUGCGCUCUGCCCCUGCCCGGUCCAGGUCGACCUGUGAACUCCGGCGGCUGCAGCCAUGGAGCAGAACCGGGAGCAGAACCGGGGGCAGAACCGGGGCAUCGAGACCCACGACCUGGAGGCCGCCGAGGCGCUAGUUAGCAUGAGCUUCUGGUGCCAGGGCCUGCACAAGCCCCGCCCCCUGACUCCCACCUCCGACUCCUGCGACUCCAUCCCGCCACACCCCGAGGGCGGGGACGCGGCCAAAGACAUGAUCGCCCUGUCCUCGCUGUGUAUGACUCCGCCUCACAGCCCGAGCUUCGCCGAGGCCUCGGCCACGACGGCCCUGGCCCCGUCCUCCGCCCUGAGCCCCCCCCCCAGGCAGGUCCUGCUCCGCCCCGGCCCCCCCCAGACCUCAGAGACCUCAGCGCCGCCGGCGCCUCACGCCGCUCCGCCCGGCAAAGCCAUGGCCACCAGCGUCAUCCGGCACACGGCCGACCGCCUCGGCCCGCCGGCUCCAGCCCCGGCCCCCUCGGCGCCCCCCCCGCCCUCGGCCCGGCUGACGGAGACCUCGGCGCCACCUCGGCCAGAGACCACGGUGACGCCGGCCGCCCCCCCGCCCCCACGCUCUUCCGUAUCUCCACCUCUUCCGCCCGCCGUGGCCGCCCCGCCCGUCCUCUGCCAGGUCUUCCCGGUGAGCAGCAGGACCGGGAUGAUCUCGGCCUUCGUCCAGGGCCCGGUGCAGGUGCAGGCCCAGGGGGGGCCCAAGCCCAUCCUGCCCCAGUCCCCCGGCCCCGGCUUCGGCCCGCCCCUGCUGGUGGGGCCGGCGGUGCCGCAGGGCACCGUCAUGUUCGUGGUGCCGCAGCCGUCGGCCCAGGCCCCGCAGGCCGCCGUGGUCACCCUGGGCAACACCAAGCUGCUGCCGCUGGCGCCGGCGCCCGUCUUCCUGCCGUCCGGCCUGAGCGGCGGCGCCUCGCAGGCCGACUUCUCCCGCAGGAGGAACUACGUCUGCACCUUCCCCGGCUGCAAGAAGACCUACUUCAAGAGCUCCCACCUGAAGGCUCACCUGCGCACGCACACAGGGGAGAAGCCGUUCAGCUGCCACUGGGAGGGCUGCGACAAGAAGUUUGCCCGGUCCGACGAGCUCUCCCGGCACCGCCGGACGCACACGGGCGAGAAGAAGUUCGUGUGCAACGUGUGCGAGCGGCGCUUCAUGCGCAGCGACCACCUGACCAAACACGCGCGGCGGCACAUGACCACCAAGCGGGCGUCGUCGUCGUGGCCGGCCGACGCCCGCGACCUCAGCAAGGGGGCGCCGCCCAAGGGGCCGGGCCGAGCCCUCCCCGUCGGCCUGCUGGUCCCGGCCGCCAACUGACCCCCGCCGUGGCGCCGGCCGGCGGGGGGCCAACUCAGGAGUCCAGGAGGCGCUGGAGGCCCGGACACAUUCACAAGACCUCAGAACCGGGUCCCCAGGAAACCCGGAGACCCCGGAGAACUCAGAUCCAGAGACGGCCGUCCCAUCCAGAACGUUAAGAUCCGGGCGGCGCCGCGACCCGGACAGGGAGAGGGCGGCGAGCUUCCUGCCCUGCUCAGGACAUUCAGGCAACGUUUACACGUAGCUGGUAUUUACAAAAACGGAUGUUUCCCCCUCUGCGUUUUGAAAAAUACCGUCAUUUACACGAACCCGCAUAAAUAUCUGUUAAGGUGCUAUGAGCAUCCAGACCUACAGGGGGCAGUGUAACGAGAAGAUAAAGUCAUGCUAGCCCAGGGGUCGGCAACCCGCGGCUCUAGAGCCGCCAUAGUGGCUCCUGGAGCCUUUUCAAAAAUGUUUGACCUUUUUUUUCCUAGACAUUUCGACUUUUUUUCUCGACAUUUCAACUUUUUUUCUCAACAUUUUGACUUUUUUUCUCGGCAUUUUCACUUUUUUCUCGACAUUUUCACUUUUUUCUCGACAUUUUCACUUUUUUCUCAACAUUUCGACUUUUUUCUCAAUAUUUUGACUUUUUUCUUGACAUUUCUUUUUUCUUGACAUUUCGACUUUUUUCUCAACAUUUUGACUUUUU